AUGGAUUCUCCACUAAAAUUGCAAGAGCAAAGCAAGGUUUUUUUAUUUGACUCAUUGUUGCACAAACAAACUGGUUUGCCCAAAGAAUUUAUUUGGCCGGACUUAGUUAGUGCUCAACAGGAGCUUUUGGAGCCAGUGGUGGACCUUGAGGGUUUCUUUAAAGGGGACGAGGAGGCAACAAAACAAGCUGCUAAUAUAAUUAAGGAUGCUUGCUUACGGCAUGGUUUCUUUCAAGUGAUCAAUCAUGGAGUAGAUCCCAAUAUUAUUAGAAACGCAGAGGAUUACAUGGACCAUUUCUUUAAGCUUCCAACUUCCCAGAAACUUAAGGCUCGGAGGAUGCCAGGCAGCAUGUGCGGUUAUUCUGGUGCUCAUGCUGAUCGAUAUGCAUCAAAACUUCCAUGGAAAGAGACUCUCUCUCUUGGUUACCAUGCAAAUUGUUCAGAUCUCGUUGUGCUGAAUUUCUUCAAAUCUACUCUUGGAAAUGAUUUUGAACAAACAGGAAUGGUAUAUCAAAAAUACUGUGAAGCUAUGAUGGAUUUAUCUCUUGCCAUAAUGGAACUAUUGGCUAUCAGUUUGCGAGUUGAUCGAUUACAUUACAGAAAAUUCUUUGAAGACGGCUGCUCGAUAUUGAGAUCUAACUUCUACCCUCCUUGUCAAGAGCCAGGGAAUACUCUUGGCACCGGCCCUCAUUGCGAUACAAAUUCAAUAACCAUACUUCACCAAGAUCAAGUUGGAGGUUUAGAAGUUUUCACUAACGACGUAUGGCAGACUCUUCCACCUCGUCAAGGUGCACUCGUCAUCAAUAUUGGUGACACCUUCACGGCGUUAUCAAAUGGGAAAUAUAAGAGUUGUUUGCAUAGGGCAGUGGUUAACCAGCACGAGGAGAGAAAAUCGUUGGCAUUCUUUCUCAGUCCAAGAGAAGACAAGGUGGUGAGACCACCACAAGAUCUUGUGUGCAGUGAAGGGAAAAGGAUGUAUCCGGACUUCACAUGGUUGGAUUUGUCUCGAUUUGUACAAAAUCACUACAGAGCUGAUGAUAACACACUUCAGAACUUCACCAACUGGUCCCAAUCAGUAAACCUUUAG